AUGGCUCCUCCUGAAAAUCCAACCCAAGUUUCCCUAGGAGAAGGGCCGUUCCCUGCUCUUCUGGAUCUGUAUACGUUUGGUGGAGGUCUGUCGGAGAAAAGAGCGGCUCUGCUGGCCAGCCGAGGAUUUCUGGUCCUGACUGUGGCUCUACAUAAGAAGGCGGACAGUAAAGGAGUUGGUGUUUUAUCCCUUUCUAAAAGGGGAGAUCUUGCUCUGUCAAUAGCAUCUUACCUUACAGGAGUUAAAGCUGUCAUCUGGAUCAAUGGCUGCUCCGCUAAUACAGCCUUACCCCUGUACUACAAGAAAAUACAGAUUCUUCCAGCAUUAAUGUUUGACCCUAACAAAGUCAUUUCCACCGAGUCAGGAGCCAUUAUCACCAAAUAUGCAAUGCAUGAUCUUCUGGCAGAGGAAAACAAGGCAAGCCUGGUGCCCAUCGAACGGGCGAGUGGACGUUUCCUUUUCUUAGCUUUAGAGGAUGAUCUCAACUGGGACAGCAAGGCCUACAUGGACGACAUGAUGGAGAGGCUGAUUCAUCAUGGGAAGGAGAACUUUGAGUAUCUGAGCUAUCCUGGAGCUGGACACUACUUGUAGCCCCCGUAUGGACCGUAUUGCCCCUCCAGCUUAUAUGGAGUUACAGGUAGACCUGUUCUGUGGGGGGGUGAGCCCAGGUCCCAUGCUGCAGCUGAAGUCCACCUCUGGAAGAAGAUCCAGGAGUUCUUCAGAACUCACUUACAGGGUGACACGCCUCAAACAAAAUCCCAAUUAUAGCUUCUAACAGGAAAAUCAUAAUUCUUUGGCCACCA